AUGCCGUUUAAACUUGAAUCAGUUCUGGAGCCCUUCAAAGGCGAUAGUGACUUUGCUCUAUGGCUGAGGGAGUUUGACACUGUUGGUGAUGCUUCUAAGUGGAGUCCACGCCAGAAGGCGCAGUACUUGGUCCUGUUCAUGAAGGGUGCCGCAAAAGAUGUCGCUCGGCAAGCUCUAGAUGAAGUGGACGACGUGGUCGAGAGUGACAGGGUCUAUACGCAU